GCUGCAAUGAGCAAGAGGGGGAAGUUCCUGUUCGGGCUAUUUUCUUAAAAGUGGCUGGGAACACGGCUCUGCUCUCAUUCGCUGCUGCUGGAUUUUACAGUCCUCUUGCGAAUUAACGUCACAUUCUCGCUAAGGAACGCCGUUUCAAGAUUGGUUAAUGUCAAGUCAGUCACAAGCUCUCUUAAAGCCUUCUCUCAUCAGGAACGCAGUGACAAUAUUUAACCCGCCUUCACCAUUGUUGAAAUUUCUGGGUCGCCUUCUGUGUAGAGAAGGUCCUGCCAAUUAGCAGCAAUUCUUCAUUAUGCUCUGGCGGUCACUGUCCCGGUUAGUUUUGGGUGUGGAUAAUGACAGUGAAUUUUUGCUGAAGUCGCUGUCCUGGCUCAUGGUCUUGCUGGGAGGUGUCAUAUUCGUGCUCUCGAAGUUCGUCGAUUUGCCGUACGGGAGGUACGCUUGCAGCAAGUUCGGUUUUCCAGUCAACGUGAAGGUUGCUUGGUUCAUCCAGGAGCUGCCGUCUCUGACAGUGCCACUCUACCUGAUGUGUUUCAGCACUGACAUUAAACCUUUGUCGCUCCCCAAUCGCUUGCUUCUGGGAAUGUUCAUCGGCCACUACGUCCACCGGUCAUUGAUAUUCCCUUUCUUAAUUAAAGGAGGAAAGGCAACACCCUUCAUUCCUUUCGCGUCAGCUUUCAUAUAUUGUGCGUUUAAUGGAUAUCUGCAGGCUAGGUUCCUAAGCAAGUAUGCCGUCUACCCCUCAAACUGGAUAACUGAUCCGCGCUUUCUCACAGGCUUUGCACUCUGGUUAUUUGGACUAUUGGUGAACCUACAUUCUGACCAUAUACUCCGAAAACUACGAAAACCUAAUGAAACAGGAUAUAAGAUCCCACAUGGGGGAAUGUUUGAAUAUGUGUCUGGCGCUAACUUCCUUGGAGAAAUAAUAGAAUGGACUGGGUUUGCCAUAGCUUGCUGGUCAUUGCCUAGUGCAGCAUUUGCUGUAUUUGGAUUUUUCAUUCUUUCAGCUCGGGCGACACAACAUCACCGAUGGUAUCUGGAAAAAUUUGAAGAUUAUCCUAAGUCCAGAAAGGCCUUAAUACCUUUUGUGUAUUGAAAAAGCAAAUAUUUAGAAAUGAUUAGAUUCUUCACUGGAAACUUCAUUGACCAGUGAGACAUUGGUAUACACACAUCUGAGAUCAGAAUUAAGUGCCAUUAAAAUCUACAACUUGUCAACUUCAGUAUAAGAGCCCAUUUAACUACAGGAACAAUAUUAAACACUUCUGCAGAACUCCUCUGACCUGUUUCGUCAACUUUUACAAGCGUGGAAUCUCACUGCUUUAGGGUUAAAUAAUUUCAAGAGCCAUUUAAAUCAAAAAAAGUCUGUAGUCUUUCUGUUCAAUCUUAUUUCUUUAAUGCAACCCCUCCCCUCCCCUCCCCCCCGCCACCUCUCAACAUUAUUUCACUUUUCACCUGUUUUGACAUUGUCUGAGUUUCUCUUUGGCAUUCCAUGAUUCAAAGUCUCUACUCAUUAAAACUCUUUGCAUCUGAUUGUGGAAUUAACAGUUGCUUGCUGCCUUUAUACAGAUCAAGAUCUUCUGCUAAGUGAGCUGUUUUCAUUUACAGUAAACCCUCAAUGCAAAAUCCCAUCCAAUGUCUGACUAGAUGUAAUUAACCAAUUUAUUUUUUCACUGCUGAGGACAAAAUCUGGUCAGACUUUAAAUUCUUGAUCGUAUAAGUCAUUUGAUUUUGCUGAUUUCCAAUAUAAUUGGCACAGUGCCAAGUUAUAUCAUCACCCAUUGUCAACAGUGGGAUGUAGCUGGACCAUGCUAGACAAAAGUGGAACCCAGAGAUCAACUUUGUGUGCACUAAAUAUCAUCAGAACAAGAAUGUUGUCUGGAAAUUUGUUACAAUCUGUGACUUUAUUUGGCUUGACACUGAAAAGUUUUCAAUGUGUUUCUACUCUAUCCUUUUCAGACAUGUUAGUCAAGAUAUUUUUGUUUUAGUGCCAGUAGUAAAACAUGAAGGUGUAAAUUGAGAAUUAUGGCCAACUGAAGUUAAGACAUCUCUGUAAACUAAUGUCACUAAAUUUCUCAGUGUACAGCUGAAUAGAUGGUCUUUGCGAUUUGACAAAUUUUGCAGUAGAUGCGGGACUUGAUUUUAUUAUGUUAUUAAUUACCUACAAAUCAGACAGCAACUUCAUGUGACCAUAUCUACAAAACACCAAUUGGUCAAUUUAUCCACUCGAGCCAAUUCCAAAAAUCUGAGUUCAUGGCUGAUCUGAGAUCUAAUUCUACAUAUCCAUGCUGACCAGAUAUCCUAAACCAGCCUAGUCCCA